AUGGAGGUCGAUCACGUCAACGUACAGGACGUGAGUCGUGAAGAAUGCCGUAAACGCAGACUAUGCUUUCGUUGCAAACGAGCGGGACAUCGCAUGAGUGACUGUCGUGUAAAGCUCCCGCACCGAAAGAAUGAACGACUUCACAAGUCGAACACCAGAAGUAUUAACGCAGUGCAGAUCAAUCAGCCGACCGUGGCAGACGUGCAGGGUGGUGAACCACUGUCGUUCCGCAAUUACAGCUGA